GUCAGUCUGCGGUUGAGGGCGGCGUUGAAUUUUAGGUGAGGGGGGUUGGAUUUUUUUUCCCCCCUGUGAAGCGCCCCGGUGAAUGAGCUGAGGGAGGAGUGGGGUAUCCGGGUGCUUUGGCUGCUGAAGAGAGGAUGGGGUCCGGCGGCACGGGCUUUCCUUACCCUGUUAUUGGUUACCAUUGGGCGGCUGCAUCCCUGGUCCAGGCUUUGCUGCUCUGACUGAGACAGAGAGAAGGAGAAAAAGAGACAGACAGGGAGCGGGAUACAGAGAAGGGACAAGCGGAUAAGAGACAGGUGACUGUAGGGAUGGAAUGAGACUGAGCUGAGAGACAGAAGGAAGAGACAGGCUGACAAGUGGGGUAUCCAGAGACAACAGGCUGGUGGGGAGACAGACUAUUGGGGAGACUAUUGGGAGACAGCUGGGGGUUUAGCCUGGGAGGGACAGCACUAGGUCUAUAGUAUCAGAGAGAGGAUAGUGGGGAGGCUGCUGGGGGUUCAGUCUGGGAGAGAGCGAGAACUACACAGAGACAGGUUGGGGAGACAGCUGGGGGUUCAGCAGUUGGACUGGGGUACUCACAUACAGAUUAGGGGAGACAGCUUGUGAGAGACAGCAGCAGCAGGUGCCCAGAGACAGGUUAGGGGGAUGUAGUGGGGUUCAGGGCAGAGGAGAGAGAUGUCUGCUGAUAAGAGAGACUGUUCCCAGGGAACAGGAGGAAAAGUGGUGCCAAUACAGCAGUGGAUGUGACUGUCUAUUUCAGGGUCCAAAAUAGCUGGUUGGGGGAGAGGGAAGAAAGACAGACACAUAAAAGAGACAGCGGUGCUGCCAUUACCAAGGCAGGGCAGCCAGAGACAGCAGCCUCAGGAGGAAGAGACCUCAGGCAGGAGGCGAGAGAAGAGGUGGGGCACGUGUUUCAUUUGGCUGUAUACAUGGACUCUGCUAAUCACUGGAAUAUUAUCCGAUACACCUCAUCUAAUGACCUCAUCCCUUGAGCUGCAUUGGAAGCUUCUUCUGGAUCUGUUGGACACCAGCUCCUGGAUGGAGAAUACAUUGAGUUGUUAAGGAUGGGCCUUAUAUUUUGUUUCUGUUGACAUAAGCAAGUCAAGUCCUUGUUCGUUGUCCCACCCAUCUGCCUUGACUGGAUCUGUCCUACAUAUAUAAAUAUAUAUAUAUUUAUUUUUUUCCCCCCUGUGGUGCCUUUUCUUCUGGUUAAAGUUUUCUAACUUGUGCUUGGCAAGAUGAUGUGCGAAGUGAUGCCCACCAUUAAUGAGGACAACCGCCGGGGCUCCACGUAUAGCUCCGAUGAUGCUAACUUUGAGCAGCUGAUGGUGAACAUGCUCAAUGAGCGGGAACGGCUACUGGAUACGCUUCGGGAGACUCAGGAGAGCCUUUCCACAGCUCAUUUGCGCUUGCGUGAACUGGGUCACGAGAAGGAGUCCCUGCAGAGGCAACUGAACAUUGCACUGCCACAGGAGUUUGCAGCCCUCACAAAGGAGCUCAACAUGUGCCGGGAGCAGUUGUUAGAAAGAGAGGAAGAGAUUUCCGAGCUAAAGGCUGAGAGGAACAACACUAGGCUGCUGUUGGAGCAUUUGGAGUGUUUGGUGUCACGGCAUGAGCGAUCUCUGAGAAUGACGGUGGUGAAGAGGCAAGCCCAGUCGCCUGCCGGUGUCUCCAGCGAGGUAGAAGUCUUAAAAGCCCUCAAGUCCCUCUUUGAGCACCACAAGGCCCUUGAUGAAAAGGUUCGGGAGCGCCUUCGCGUGGCCCUUGAGAGGGUGGCCGUACUGGAAGAAGAACUGGAAAUGUCUGGCCAAGAGUCUAUUGCACUUCGGGAGCAGCUUGCAAGGAGAAGAUCAGGAAUUGACGAUGGUGGUAAAGAUGGAGACUCCCAGAGCUCGACCAUACUAAAUGGCUCCUCCCAUCUGGAACUGCGAGGUGGGAGGGAAUCAGAGCUGGAGGAGAUGCUGGAGAAACAGAGGCUUGAACUGUGCCAGUUAAAGGAGAGGUUAACCAUGAUGUGCCGUCAAAUGGCAGAGCUUGAAGAAGAGCUAAACACAGCCCAGAAAGAUCUCAUAAAAUCCGAAGAGGUCAAUUCUAAGCUUCAAAGGGACCUCAAGGAGGCUCUGGCGCAAAGAGAAGAUAUGGAGGAAAGGAUAACCACUCUGGAGAAACGUUACCUUAGUGCACAGAGAGAAGCCACUUCACUCCACGACGUCAAUGACAAGCUGGAGAAUGAACUGGCAAGCAAAGAAUCCCUGCACAGACAGAGUGAAGAGAAGAACCGGCAGCUGCAGGAAUGGCUGGAAGACGCCAAGCAGAAAUUGCAGCACACCCUGCAGAAGGCGGAGACUCUGCCAGAGAUCGAGGCCCAGCUGGCACAACGAGUGGCAGCUCUCAGCAAGGCUGAAGAGCGUCAUGGGAAUUUUGAGGAGAGACUCCGUCAGCUUGAAGCGCAACUGGAAGAGAAGAACCAGGAGCUACAACGGGCACGUCAGAGGGAAAAAAUGAACGACGAGCACAACAAACGUCUCUCCGAGACGGUAGAUAAACUUCUGUCUGAGUCAAAUGAAAGGCUGCAGCUGCAUCUUAAGGAGCGGAUGGGAGCCCUGGAAGAGAAGAACACUCUCUCGGAAGAAAUAGCUAACAUGAAAAAGCUACAGGAUGAACUCCUUCUGAAUAAGGAGCAGCUUGUGGCUGAAAUUGAGAGGAUGCAAUUAGAAAUUGACCAGCUGCGAGGACGACCUUCUUCCACGUACUCCAGAUCUCUCCCAGGAAGUGCCCUGGAGUUAAGAUACUCACAGGCACCAACACUUCCCAUGGGCAGCCAUGUUGAUCCCUACAGUGGCACGGCAGUCAUCAGGCGGCCAAAAAAAGGGCGCUGGGCAGCCAUGAAGGACGAUCCAUCAAAGACUCAAACGCUGGAUGAGCAGGAGUGGGAGCGUGCACAGCAGGCCAAUGUGUUGGCCAAUGUGGCUCAGGCCUUUGAAGGUGAUUUGGAUGGCUCUGAUGAAGAUGACAGAGACACUAUCUUUAGCUCAGCGGACCUGCUGUCUCCCAGUGGUCAGACAGAUGUACAGACGCUUGCAAUCAUGUUACAAGAGCAGCUUGAAGCCAUUAACAAAGAAAUAAAGUUAAUCCAAGAGGAAAAGGAGACCACAGAGUUGAGGGCUGAGGAAAUAGAAAGUCGAGUGACCAGCGGCACUUUGGAUGGAUCUCUGGGACGUUAUCGGUCUGCCACUUCCAUCCCCACCUCUGUCACCACAUCAACUCUAGCCAGUCCUUCACCACCUAGCAGCGGCCAUUCCACCCCACGCAUCAACCCACACAGCCCUGCCAGAGAAGGAGACAAAUUUAAUCAUGUUCCGAAAGAGGAGAGCCGCGAUGAAAAGGCUUCGAUGCAGUGUGAGACCUCCGCUCCACUUACUCCACGGGCUGUGAGGUUGGAAAGGAUGACACAGGCUCUAUCUCUCCAAGCCAGCUCACUGGAGGAUGGAAGAGAUCAACGGGUCAGCUUGGCAGCAGAUGGUCUGGGAGGGACAAACAGUACCAGCCAAGACUCCCUACACAAGGCUGCUAAAAAGAAGAGCAUCAAGUCCUCCAUUGGACGUCUGUUUGGCAAAAAGGAAAAAGGACGAAUGGGACAGAUGGGCCGCGAAUCCUCUUCCGCUGCUGGAACCCCCUCAGAGGAGACCUCUCCAGCCGACCCUAUGGGUCUGUCCAAGUUGGGUGGACCUGUGGAUAAAGAUCGCAGGAACAAGAAGAAGCAUGAACUGCUAGAAGAAGCCUGCCGGCAGGGACUCCCUUUUGCUGCCUGGGAUGGUCCCACUGUGGUUUCAUGGCUGGAGCUGUGGGUAGGAAUGCCAGCCUGGUAUGUAGCAGCUUGCCGUGCUAAUGUGAAAAGUGGAGCUAUUAUGGCCAACCUUUCUGACACAGAAAUCCAGCGGGAGAUUGGCAUCAGCAACCCCCUCCAUCGACUGAAACUGCGCCUUGCUAUCCAGGAGAUGGUGUCACUCACAAGUCCUUCUGCACCAGCCACCUCACGUACGUCGACAGGUAAUGUGUGGAUGACCCAUGAAGAGAUGGAGACCCUGGCAGCAACCACUAAACCAGAGACUAAGGAAAUCAGCUGGGAACAGAUUCUAGCCUAUGGUGACAUGAACCAUGAAUGGGUGGGCAACGACUGGCUGCCAAGUUUGGGUUUGCCCCAGUACCGCAGCUACUUCAUGGAAUCUUUGGUUGAUGCGAGAAUGUUGGAUCACUUAAACAAGAAGGAACUGCGAGGACAGCUCAAAAUGGUGGACAGUUUUCACAGAGUUAGCCUCCACUAUGGUAUAAUGUGCCUAAAGAGACUGAACUACGACAGGAAGGAGCUGGAGAGGAGGAGAGAGGAGAGUCAGAACCAAUUGAAAGAUGUCAUGGUUUGGUCCAACGAGCGAGUCAUGUGUUGGGUGCAAGCCAUUGGACUGAAGGAAUAUGCCAAUAACCUACAGGAAAGCGGUGUACACGGAUCGCUCAUAGCAUUGGACGAUACGUUUGAUUUUAAUGACCUGGCGUUGUUACUACAGAUCCCAACACAAAACACACAGGCUCGACAAGUGCUGGAAAAGGAGUUCAGCAGUUUAAUUUCUAUGGGGACAGAACGGAGGUUGGACGAGGACAGUGCCAAGACUUUCAGUCGCUCUCCUUCCUGGAGGAAGAUGUUCCGCGAGAAAGACCUGCGAGGAGUCAGUCCUGAUUCAGCGGAAAUGCUGCCGCCAAACUUCCGCACAGCAGCUGUCUCCUCCAUUGCCUCACCUGGCGUACAGCUCCGCAAGAUGCAGUCUGAAGGGAGUACUUCCACCAGCCCACGUGCAGACAAUAUCUCAGUCAGAACCUAUUCCUGUUAAUGCUGUGCUGACACGGUAUCGUCAUUGGGGCAAUAAGGUCACUGAGGGCACUUUUUGUCAUAUGAUCACUACGUCAGAGGAGCUCGACCAAUAAGAUUUUCUUUUUUUUCCCCUCAACAAUGACACUAUUUGUGGAUGCUGCUGGCUGUUAUGUUGUAGGGAUGCUGGAGGAAUGAGAAAGUUGGGUAUAACCAUGUACAUUUCUGCAAAUAGGCCCUACAGCUUAAGGCUCCUUCUACAUGAACCCUGGAUGCUACUUGUUCUAGAUAAGGAACAGGCUGAGCACAAAUGGAACAUCCAUCUACUCUUCAUUGCUUACCUUCUUCAGGACUGUCACAACAAGAGACGACACUUUGUAGACCCUUUCAGCAUGGGAGGAUUUAAAGGCCAAAACCAUGAGUUUCAUGUGUUCAACAACUUUUAUGUUUCUUUAAUCUGCUUGGGUUGCUUUUGAGCUAUACAGAGGGCAGCCACUCUACGGCCUCAAAGAUUUUUCACUGAAGAUAACGUACAAAGCCGUGUUGCAGCGGAUGUGACGUUGGAGUCGAUUUAAGAUAAUGGAGAUGCACUGUUCCAUAUCAUCUUGAGUGAAUAAACCUGGUUGAGUUGGGACUUUCACUUGGUAACAUCAUCUGUUUAAGCCGUUCUUCAGAUGACUGGGCUGUCCAAAUGAGUGAUGCACAACAUUCUGUUUAGCCAAGUCCCUUGUCAAUGAAUACUAUGCUUUGAAAGCUUCUUAUAGCCUCAAUGCCAUAAUGGGGUGGCAGGGGUAUAAUGUUACCACCAAAUACUGUUAUUUAUUAUUAUUUAUUCUUUAUAUUCAGUUCACUGCCAGUCUAAGCAGCAAGGCACAAGGCAAAAAGCAAUGAGCGCACAGCCAAUGAAAACAUUGUGGUUAAGGAGGUACUUGUGAAGCAGAUUGAUGGAAAAACUCAUCAGAACCAAGCAGGGUUAUAGCGUCCCGCAAUCGGGCUUUUGGUCAGAUGUUUUAUAGUUUCUUGUUUACAGAUGAAAAAAAGGGGGUCAGUUACACGGAGUGUUACGUCUUGUAUGAUAGCUUGUAAGUGCUCAAUGUCUGCAAUGGUGAGAAUUCGUUGUGUAAAGCUAGCACUCGUUCUCUGUGCCAUUCUCUAUAGAGGGUCCAUAUAGUCCAAACUGCAUUUACUCUGGAGGCCUGCAGCUACGAGAAUCUGAGCAAAAAAAUGCCCCAAAUGAGUAGUGUAUGCAGUACCUCUGCUGGGUCACUUUGGAAGAGCAUAAAUGCCUUAAAUUCAGUAAUUUUUUUUCUCUUUUUAUCUGUAGGGCCCUCUAGGAUGCAAAAUAGUAAUUAAAAUAGUCUGCUUCUGUACCCAGCUGGGUAAAAUGUGGACUCAGUCUCUGUUUACAUGUGUUCUUUACAUCAGAAUAAUAGCACCCUCCCAUUGUACUUCUCUAUGUUGAGAGCUGAGACUUUUACAGCUAUAAUCUCCAGUCCUAGAGGCAUGUCUGGUUUUAUAGCCAGGCAAAUUGGGCAUUGUCAUUGGCCAGACUUAAGUUCAAACAUACUUCUUCAUGUUUCUGAAAUAUUUAUGUAAUGGAUGUCCAAAGGCAGUUUGGCAGCAGCUAUUGAACUCAAACUGCCAGCAUCCCACUGACAGGCUUCUGGGCAUUUUAUUUAAAUAUCUGUAGGGUUGGCAUCCAUAUUUCGGGUUCACAACUCUUCUUCUUUAGCUGUGCCCUUGACUGACAGCACUGAUGUUCUUGAAUAUUAAGCUUCAGUUUUAGUUUUGAGUUUCCAAUCUGUAUAAUUUGUGUGCCAUGGCCGUGCCAAAACGUGUGGAAGAUUCACGUGCUUGUCUUUGCUGUAAGAGUCAUUUAUCAAGAAUUUUAAAGGGUUGGUGUUAUGGGAUUAGAGGGCAUUGUAGAACACAACUGUGACUAACAAAGAAGAAACUCACAAGAUCAAAAUUUAGCAUUAGACACUUUUUGUUUUGCAACCUUAUGGUUAUCCUUGAAAUAGCUUCUUGAAGUCUAUAGUAUAAAGAAGAGUAUUAGGAGGCUGGUACAUAACUGUAUACUCAAGUACAUGAACAAACUGAGAGUUGACUAGAAGAUAUAUAUAUAAUAUUGCUAGGAAGUGCCUUGCUGACCUGUGAAAUGUACUGGGGAACCCUCAAUCUGUGUGUUUCCAAGCUUGUUGCACCUUCCGGCUGGUUAUUGCAAUAAAUUCUCGGCUCACCAAAUAUCAUCCCUUUAUCAAGUGUGCUUGGCUGAAAUGUGCAAUGCAAAGCUGUUGUUCCUGACUUAGCCCGGGUGGAAACUGACUCAACACAAUCCAUGUAAGGACGCCACAUAUGGACAGAUUGUGGCUGCUUUUUGGCCUCUUUUGACCUAUUGGCUGGGUUAUAGGGCCAAUACAACUGCUUCCCCAAUCGCAAGGACUGGAUAAGACCAUAGAUGUACUGAAUUGAUUCUGAUUGAAACUAUAUCCAGCAAUAUGGUUCUGUAGGCCAUUGGUUUGUAGGUAGAUGAGGUGCUGUUACAUCAUUGGUGAUGCCCUAGGAAGGUUUACCAUAAUUGGUAUUGCCACCUGUAGCCCUUCUAUUCAAUAGAUGAAUAGAUGGAUUUUCCUUGCAGACUGCAGUUCUCACAAGGGUAGUGUCUCAACGCUUUUGCUUUCCAGGCUGCAUCUACAAUAGAAAGACACAUGGGACAAAAGAGUCUCCCAUCUUGUUUAAACUUGUGUUGCUGCUUUUAUUUCAGCAGUCUUUGAAGCAUGUGGUCUUUGCAGACCCAAAUAUUAGAAAGUCUUUCCCUCUCACUAUGGGAGGAAGAGGAAAGUCGCAUUAUCCCCAUGCCCUGCUUGUGCCCCCACCCCAUGCCAGCACUUCAUAUGAGCUGCCGACUCCUCCAUUGGCAUCAGUUGGCAAAGCAAAUGAAUGCCCGCUCAGCAUCCUAUUUGAUCAGCUCAGAUGCAAAGCCAUACAAAUGUAUUUAUUUUAAUUUAAAUGUGGAUAUACAUGCUUUGUACAUGUUGUUGUAUGGGUUUCUUGUACAUGGAAUGUUAAUAUUAAAUAGUUUUUUUUUA